AUGUCUAAUAGUAAGAUGUUUAAUGCUCUGAAGAUUUUUAAAAGCCACAACAAUGUAAAAUUCAUAAAUAGGCUGCAUAGCAGAUCUUUUGCGGCUGCAGCAACUUCACAGGUUCAUACUAAAUGUAAGUUGGUAAAUGGAGUAUAUGUUGUGACACUAGACUCUCCAAAUGUUAAGGUGAACUCUUUAAAUGAAGCGGUAAUGGAUGAAGUCAGUAAAAUUAUAAAUGAAGUUGACUCAAAUCCCGCAAUUGAAGCUGCUGUUUUAAUAUCUGGCAAACCUGGAUGUUUUAUUGCCGGAGCUGAUAUAGGCAUGAUUGAAAAAUGCAAAACUAAAGAUGAAGUAGUAACUCUGUCAAAAAAUGGUCAUGAAAUCUUCAAAAGGAUUGAAUCUUCUCGCAAACCAUAUGUGGCAGCUAUUCAAGGAAGCUGUCUCGGUGGAGGUCUUGAGACAGCUCUUGCUUGUAAAUAUAGGAUUGCAGUAAAAGACUCUAAAACAGGUUUUGGAUUUCCUGAAGUUAUGCUUGGCCUCCUGCCUGGAGGUGGUGGUACUCAAAGGAUGCCUAAAUUAACAUCAAUUCCUACGACUUUGGACUUGGCUCUCACUGGAAAGAAUGUUAAAGCUGAUAAGGCAAAGAAGCUUGGCAUUGUUGAUCUGUUAGUGUCCCCCCUUGGACCUGGUUUAGGCCUGCCUGAAACCAAUACAAUGCAAUAUUUAGAAAAGGUAGCUAUUCAAAUAGCCAAAGAAAUAGCAUCUGGGAAGAUGGUAGUGGAUAGGUCGAAGAAGGGAUUAGUUAGCAAAGUGACAGAAGCCGCGAUGCAGUGGGAGUGGAUCAAGAACAUGAUCUUUAAUAAGGCCAAAGAGCAAGUGAUGAAGGCUUCCCGUGGCUUGUAUCCCGCACCACUUAAGAUUCUAGAAGUAGUAAGAACAGGUGUGGACAAGGGCCCUGUGGCCGGAUACGAGGCGGAGGCGCAGGGCUUCGGCGAGCUCGCCAUGACGCCGCAAAGCAAGGGACUCAUUGGUUUAUUCCGAGGACAGACUGAAUGCAAGAAGAAUAGGUUCGGCAAGUCCCAAGUUGAUGUUAAGAGUAUCGGUGUUCUCGGCGCGGGUCUGAUGGGCGCCGGCAUAGUGCAGGUGUCUAUCGACAAGGGCUACAGCGUGGUGCUGAAGGACGCCACCAGCGCGGGGCUGUACCGCGGCGUGGGGCAGAUACAGAACGGCCUCGUCAACGCUGUCAAACGCAAGAGAGUGUCGUCUUUACAAAAAGACAAAUUCCUAUCAAACCUUUACCCAACCCUGGACUAUAGCAAAUUCAAGAAUGUGGACUGUGUCAUUGAGGCAGUAUUCGAAGAUAUCAAUAUUAAACACAAAGUGAUCAAGGAGCUGGAGGCAGUGGUCCCCAAGCAUUGCAUCGUAGCGACUAACACCAGUGCUAUCCCCAUUACAAAGAUUGCUGCUGGUAGCAGCCGUCCUGAGAAAGUUAUUGGCAUGCACUACUUCUCCCCCGUGGACAAGAUGCAGCUGUUGGAGAUCAUCCGGCACCCGGGCACCAGCGACGACACGGCGGCCGCGGCCGUGGGCGUGGGCCUGCGCCAGGGCAAGGUGGUCAUCACCGUGGGCGACGGGCCCGGCUUCUACACCACCAGGAUACUCUCCACCAUGCUCAGUGAGGCUGUCAGGUUACUUCAAGAAGGCGUUGACCCCAAGGACCUGGACAGCAUGACGAAGCAGUUCGGCUUCCCCGUGGGCGCCGCCACGCUCGCGGACGAGGUCGGCAUCGACGUCGGCUCACACAUUGCUGUGGACCUAGCUAAGGCGUUCGGUGAUCGCAUUAGUGGUGGUGACUUGAACAUCAUGCAGGAUCUAGUCAAAGCUGGCUUCAUGGGAAGGAAGUCCGGUAAAGGUUUCUACAUAUACGAAAAGGGCACAAAGAACAGGGAUGUCAACCAAGAAGCCGUGCAGAUAUUAAAGGACAAAUACUCUCUUGAACCACGCGGCGCUAACACUGUUGAAGACCAGCAGUUGAGAAUGGUAUCGAGAUUUGUAAAUGAGGCAGUAUUAUCACUAGAAGAAAAAAUUUUACAUAGCCCUCUUGAAGGAGAUGUUGGCGCUGUAUUCGGCCUAGGAUUCCCGCCAUUCACUGGUGGACCUUUCAGAUGGGUCGACCAAUUUGGUGCUGAUAAACUGGUGAGGAAGAUGGAAGAAUUCCAUGGACUUUAUGGAGCGCCAUUCAAACCAGCCCAAACCCUCGUGGACAUGGCUAAAGACAGCAGCAAGAAGUUUUACAAGAAU